GAGCCAGCCAGCUGCGAUUUUCAUUUUCAUUUUUAUUUUUUUCCACUUUAACCCCCAUCCGCUGCUCAGUAUAUCACACCACAUUCUCUUUCCAUGGCAAACAUCUGGACAGCUACAAGUGACGGCGAUUUUGCUCGCGUGAGAGAGUUGGUUGAGGCCGACAAGGCCCUGGUCAACGCAAAGGACGAGAACGGCUACACGCCAAUGCACGCAGCCUCAUCGUGGAAGCACCUCGAUCUAUUAAAGUAUCUGAUCGACAACGGGGGCGACGUCAAUAUCACUGACUCCGACGGCGACACGCCCCUGCACAUCUGCGAGGACAAGGAGUGCGCACUGCUGCUUCUCGAGCACUGCGCGGACCCCAGUGUUGAGAAUGACGAGGGCAUGACACCCGUGCACACCACGCUGGAGAACGAGGUUGUCGAAGUCACCGAGGUGAUCUGCAAGCACCUCGACAUCGCUGUGCCGAAGCUCGAGGAAGUUGUUGAAUCCGAGCAAGCCGAGGGAUCGGUCGACAGCAUCACUGAUGCCAAGCUCGAGGACCUGUCAAACUGGCUGCUGCAGAACGUUGACGAGAACAGCGAGGGGGACGAGGAUGCGCUGCGGGAGAUGGUGACGCGGUAUGUUAUGCAAAGCCUGCGCAUUUCUGACAACAAGGAUGAUUCCGAGAACACCGCCACUGCCACUGUUGCAACAUCUACUGGCAAGGUGUCUCAGGACGACGACUCUACAUCUGACUAGUGGGGUGCUAUGAAAAGCGAAUACAACGCCAUUAUUUAAACUGGAGCCU